ACGGGGGCACAGUGAAGUAAACAUACAUACAUACAUACAUAUCCAAAAUCAUCUCAAGCCCUCAUCAUCCCUUGAGAUACCCUGUACACAAAAAUGGGGGCUCUGCGGCUUCCCUCACUCACAUCCAUCUUCACCGUCUCAUCAUCGGCUCGCUCAUCCUUGUUCCCGCGUCGCCGCAGCAGCAGCCAGCUAGUAUUCGCAAAAGCCACAGAGGUUGCUGAAUCGAAGCAGAAGCUUCCUCCGGUGGUUCAGGAGCAAGGAGGCAUAACGCCUCGCUCUCAGGAUUUCAAUGCGUGGUAUCUGGAUGUUAUUUCCAUGGCUGAGUUAGCUGAUUAUGGUCCUGUUCGUGGUACUAUGGUUAUUCGACCCUACGGUUAUGCUAUUUGGGAAGCUAUUCAGGAUUAUUUGAACAUUAAAUUCAAAGAGACAGGACAUAGUAACAUGUAUUUUCCACAGUUUAUACCGUAUUCGUUUAUAGAGAAAGAAGCCAGCCAUGUUGAGGGUUUUAGUCCAGAACUGGCUCUUGUGACUGUUGGAGGUGGGAAAGAACUCGAAGAAAAACUUGUGGUUCGACCCACUAGUGAAACCAUCGUUAACCACAUGUUUACUCAGUGGAUUCAAAGUUAUCGUGAUCUUCCCCUUAUGAUCAACCAGUGGGCAAAUGUCACAAGAUGGGAGAUGCGCACAAAGCCCUUUAUUAGGACUCUCGAGUUUCUAUGGCAAGAAGGGCAUACCGCACACGCUACUCUAGAGGAAGCCGAAAAGGAGGCAAUGCAAAUGAUUGAUGUCUAUACAAAGUUUGCUUAUGAGCAAGCUGCAAUACCUGUUAUUCCAGGUCGAAAAUCGAGGGUAGAGACGUUUGCGGGAGCAGAUAGAACUUAUACGAUUGAAGCUAUGAUGGGUGAUCGUAAAGCCUUGCAGGCUGGAACCAGUCACAAUUUAGGACAAAAUUUUUCACGUGCUUUUGGAACACAGUUUGCUGAUGAAAAUGGUCAAAGGCAGCAUGUGUGGCAAACUUCUUGGGCAAUAAGUACUCGAUUUGUUGGUGGUAUCAUCAUGACCCAUGGUGAUGAUGCUGGAUUAAUGCUUCCCCCAAGACUCGCUUCUGUACAGGUGGUGAUUGUACCAAUAUGGAAGAAGGCUAAUGAGAAAAAUGAGGUUCUCGAUGCUGCAUUGUCGGUCAAAGAUGUUCUUCACGGUUCCGGGAUUAAAGUAAAGCUAGAUGAUUCCGAUCAAAGAACUCCUGGAUGGAAAUUUAAUUUCUGGGAAAUGAAGGGUGUGCCGCUAAGAAUUGAAAUUGGUCCACGAGAUGUUUCAAGCGGGAGUGUGGUCAUAUCUAGAAGAGAUAUUCCCGGAAAACCAGGAAAGGUUUUUGGAAUAUCCAUGGAACCGUCGGUUCUUGUACCCUAUAUCAAAGAAAAGUUGGAUGAAAUCCAAUCAUCCCUUUUGGAUAAAGCUAUAGCUUUUCGAGAUAGCAAUAUUGUGGAUGUGAGCUCAUACGAUGAACUCAAAGAGGCGAUAUCACAAGGAAAAUGGGCCAGGGGUCCAUGGGUCGGAAGUGAUGAAGAUGAAUUGAAGGUGAAAGAAGAAACCGGAGCAACAAUUAGAUGUUUUCCUUUCGACCAACCUCAAGGGCCGAAAAAGUGCCUGAUGACUGGUAGUCCAGCUGACGAAGUUGCAAUAUUUGCUAAAUCUUACUGAUCACCUGCCCUAUUCAGAACGAGAAUUCUACCGAAGACCGAAGAGGUGCUAGGACUCUUAACAGCAUCUUCUAUUAUUAUGGAGGGGUUUAAUAGUAAAAAAAAUGUUUUAUGCAGCCACAUCAGCGGUAGAUAAGCAAAAUGAAGAAAGAAAACAGACAGAAAUACGUAAAGAGCAUAGGAAAGAAGGUAUCUUUGAAUACGUAUCGAGGUGGUGUAGAAUGAAAGCGAUACAGGUGGAGGGGAUAAUUUGCGCUUUUCGUUUGUACGCACUCAUUAAUUUAUGACAAUAAACAUCAGGUCAUUUUGUAUUCUUUUGCUUUCUUCUAAUAUUCAUGUAUUUUCCUAGUAAAAUUUUAUAAACCAGUGAACAAUAAUUCUGGUAAAGUUAAAAGUGCUUUUAUA